GUAAAAGGCGCUUCUUUCAUCGUCUCGAAAACAGCUGGUUCCAUGGAGGUGGUCUAUCAUGAACUAUCUGCAGGAAAAGAUACUAGUCUGUCUCAGGUUUUAUCGGAGUGGAGCAGAAGAUACGAAGAAAAGUAUGCCGCUUUACAGCGUCGGUUUUAUGGAUUAUGUAGCGGAGAAAACUACGGUAUUACUAACACAUCUAGACCAAGGUCUGGGGACAUAAGACAGCCGUCGUACAACGAACUUUUGGAGGAAAUACAGAGUGCAUUACAGCUGAAGGCAAAUCUUUCGGUUGAGUUAGAAGCACUGCAACAGAUUCGUUCGGAAUUAGAAGAUUCGGAAUGCAUGUCUGAAGUCCAUUUUCGUUUGGAACGAGCCACAGAAAAUAACCGACGUCUGCAUGCAGCUUUACAGGCGGCGGAUGAACAAAUUACAGAGCUUGUACUUAGUAAAAGGUUGCUAGAAGCUCAGAUGAAUGAGUUGCGUAAUAGUCGGGAUGCAGAACUUGUGGAAGCCAAAGAACGUGUUCGAGCAGCGGAACGUGCUGUUAUUGCUGCCACACGUAGCGUUAAUUCAUGCAAACCUGUGAGUGAAAAGGAUAAACAAACUCACUCAAAAGAACCAGGGAUUCUUAGUCAACAGAAUGUUAUUUCAAAUCCAAACCAACCUUUCAUGCCUUUAGCUUUCAAGAAACCUCUACAGAAUCAUUCUAGAAAUUACACAACAUUAACUGCCUUUUCUUAUGACGAUUUCGAUUCAUUGGAUGAAGACACAGAUGACGAAACUGACAAGCAUUUAUGCGAAACGACGGCUACUGUUGAUUUGGGAGAAAAUAAUCUAGAGCUCCCUGUAGGAAAUAAAGAAUCGAAUGGAAAGGCCGAAAAAGAAAUCUUCCCUGCAAAUAAUGAUGCAGAUAUUCGACAUAAUCAAGAAUGUCCUAUGGAAUCAUCAAUGGAAGAUAAUGUUUUCUCCAAAGAUAUGGAUAAUGUAACCUCACCUAGUUCACCUUCUUUCGUGGGAGAAGUAUUGGAUUCAGUGUCUCCAGCACUAUCUAGUACACCUAGAAAAUCAUUACCAAAUGAAACUGUCGUUACUCCAUUCAGUUGUGCUAAUCUAUCCGAUUUAACAAAUGAUGUUUUAGGAUGGAAUAGUGAUUUGAAGACCACACCAUACAUAAAACAAGAAGAAAAAGAAGUUAAUGAGGUCGUAUCAAAAGUGGAUUAUUUAAGAUUAUUAGAUGAAAUGGAGGAACUUCGUCAAGAACUAGAUUUGCUACGUCAAAAUGCUCAACUCUCACAAUUAUCACAUAGUAAUAUUUCAAAACCAGUUAUAAACAAUAGCACGCAUUUAACUAGUGAUAACAAGCUUUACAAACCCGGUUUAACAACUCAAUUGUUGGAGUUAAAAGAUGAGUUAGUUUCAACUUCUAAUGAACCUUCUUCACAAAAAUCAAGUAGUUUGCUACCAACAUUGCCCCCAGGAUCAACUCGGUUGUAUGACUGGUCUUUAAAUAAGAGUGAUUUACAAAUAGAAAAUGAAAUGAGUGCAGAUAAAUCCAGUGACUCUGAAACUACUACUGAAAAACCUACUCCUGUUAAAACAUCUUUAUCUCCUUGUGAACAUUGUGUAGAGCUUCAAGCAAAAAUUAUGGCUUAUGAAGCUAUACAUGCAGCUCAAGAAGAAUUUUGUACAGAAAAAAUUAUUGAACAAUCAAUAUUGAAUACAGAAGUUGGUACGCAAUGCGAUGAGACCCUACAAGAAGCUGAUAAUACAACUGAAAAUUACAAGUUAUUGCAUUUACCAAAUAAUGACAUAUUUACACAGACAGAUCCUGAGGUUAAAAAUGUAUUUUCACAUUCUGUCUAUUUACAAACUGAGCCUGAUCUAACAGUGAAUUGUGAUGAUCAAAUUAAAAAUUACACAGUUUGUCUAGAAUUUUAUCACAAAUUGAUUUUGUCCAUAAUUGAUGUCAGUACAAAAUUGAAACAUGAGUUAACUGCACGUAUCAAUGAUCAAUAUUCAUGGAUGAAUAAUGAUUUAUCAUUGGAUUGUGAUAUGAAAAAUAGUGAACAAGAGAAAAAGAAUGAAUUAAAAGUUCAACUUCUUAAUGAUUACUUGAAUGAAUGUGAUCAUUUACUGGUUACCAAUGUUAUAUCCAAUACAAAAUAUUUAAAUCAUUUCCGAACAGAUUGCAAGUUUUUAACGUCUAUAUUUGGGCAGUUGUUGCCUGAAAUAGAUCGUCUUCUCACGUUAUGUAAAAUUGGAUAUGAAAAGCUAAUUGAAUCAACAGAUAUAUCAAAAUUAAAUCAAGUUGAUGUUGAUAUUGAAAACUGUGAACUAGUUCGUAAUCUUCGUGAACAGUUACUUACCGCUCAUCAGUUGUUAACUGAAAAAUUACCUGUCGAUACAAAGAUUGCACUUUUGGAAACAUCUCAAAUUGUUGAAACAGAACGUAUUCAAUUACAAGCUGAAAUGGAUCGUCGACUUUCAGAAUUUGAACGGAAUCAUACUGCAUCAUUGGUAGAAUUGGAAACAAAUCGGCAUGAUCUGAUGCAACAACUUGAUGAAAUGGAAUUAAUUAAUCGUGAAUUAAAAAAUGAAAUAUUCUCAGUUCAACAAAAACUUCAAGCUAAAGAAAAAUUCCUCAAUGAGCAAAUAGAAGAAAGAGAAUUAGAACGAGAGGAAUUCCGUAUCGAAUUAAAUCGUCUUAAAAGUGAACUUGAAAUGAAAAAAUCACAGGUGAUGUCAUAUAAAUUAGUGGAUACUAGUGAUACAGAUUCUUGUACUACACCGUUGAAUAUAAAAGAAGCAGGACAAAAUAAUUUCAUACCUCAUUGGAUAUCUGAUUUAAAAAUGGAACAUUUGUGUCAAAAUGAUACUAUCAAGUCAAAUAUUCAAACAUUUGUACAAUCUAAAUCACGGGAUAUUGUAUCAUGGAGUAAACCUAAUGAUUCUGAUGAUGAUAUAUUAAGCGGAAAUAUAAACGGUGCAAUAAUACAGAAUCAAUAUAAAUAUGUUGACCAACAAAAUGAUUGGCAACCAUAUACUGUUCCAACAAUCAGUAAGCACAGUAAUUUCAUUGAUUCCGAGACAAAUACAUCUGAAAAUUUCGAUGUUCAAGAUUAUCCAGAUGAGAUUGAUACCAAACAAGUAAAAGUAAUUAGUGAUUCUAAUGCUUAUAUACAACAGCAUCAAGUGGAUUUAUGUGAUGCGUGUACGCAGGUUGAAGUGAUCAAGUUUGAUAAGUUUGUAGGAGCAACCAUUGAUUCCGUUGAUGCGGAGGUUCAAAUCGCUAUGGGUGAUGAGGUUAAAGACGUCGAAACAGUGAACUCUCGUGAACAAUUAAAUUUAGUACAGUCAAAUCCUAACGAUAAUAUAAAUCAUUCGGAUAAUACCCGUUAUUCUAAUCAACCUACUCGAACUACAAAGACAACAACUCGUUCUCGUACAUGGAAUACAACUUCAGCUGCUGCUGUACUUAGUCAUAUUGUUGUUAAAGAAGAGGAAGAAGAAUCAAUUGUGACGAUUGUAGAUGAAUCAGAUACACCUAACAAUAGUACAAUCAAUAAUAAUAAUCAAAAGUUUUAUCAAGAUCAAAUUGAAAAAUGUAAAUUGGAAAUUUCCAAUUUAAGAAAACAACUUGAUCGAAUAAAUACAUGCCAAAAAGAAAUGGAAGAAACGAAACAAUCAUUGGAAUUUAUACAACAAAAACAAGAUAAAGGUAUACAAACUAUGGUGUUUUGUCAAAAUCUAUCUAAUGAUGUCAGAUUAAAAACUUCACUAACCCAUCAUAUGUCAUCAUCUAAUCAUAGAACGCAUCAUCGUUCUUUACCGGCUUUGUUCUCACCAUCAUUCUCUUCAAAUAAUGAAGACACUGGUGUAGAAAUGUCUCAAGGUCUUUUAGACUUAGAGAGUAUUGAAUCUAUAACUCCACCAACUGCAAAAUCACCAAUUAUUCAAGAUUUAAUUUUAAUGAAACAUGACAAAUGUUCUUCUCCUGAAGAUGAAAAUCUGCAGACUUUGAUGGGAUCUCCUAUCUCUGAUAAAGAUGAUGAAUUAGAAAAUGAAAUUCCAGAGAUAAUGCUUUCAUCAGAACAUCUGGAUAUUACUCCAGGUUCAUGUGUUUCAGAUAACGCUUGUUGUAAACUUCCUGAUUCCGUUGACUCUGAUCCUCAAACUGUAUGUGCUAUAUCCAACAAUAAUGUUGAAAAUCCAGGAGCUGUGGUUUCCUUGUCUGAGGUUUCAACGUUAAUUGAACAGCUUAUGGAGUCAGAAGUUCUUAUUAAAACACUACGUAAUGAAAUUAGUGAUCUUACAAAAUUCCAAAUUGAAUUACAACAUGAUUAUGAUGCUGUACAUGAAAUGUUAGUGGAACGUCAAAAUGAUCUUACCCGAGUAACAGAACAGCUGCUUGAAACAGAGAAUAAAUGUAAAAGUCUUAGUAAUCAACUGUUAGAACGUAAAGAUGUUAUUUUAGAACGAGAUGAAGACCUGUUCCUUCUGAGUGAAGAUAAAAAAUCAUUGGAAUUAAAAGUUACUCAAUUGGAAUUGGAAAUUGAAGAAUUGAAAACUCAAGUAAAAUAUAUUGACCGUGAUGAUCUAGUGUCUUCUGCAAUUGUCCAAACGGAUUUGACGAAUUCGACAAAAAUGGUUCAAACAGAUGAUAUCCCUAUUUCACUUGAAAAACAACCUUCUGUAUAUUCUGAUCCGAGUAAAGAUGUAAAACUGAAUAUUCUAUAUGAUUGUAAAAAUUUUCAUCCUAACAUUGAACAAGAACAUAUUCAUCAAAUAUGGGCAACAUCUACGCCUAAGGAAGAAGAGUCACCUAAUUCAACCUUUUUAUCAGUGGAGAAUGACGCACUUUCAGGAGCUAUCUCAGCUGAGCUCAAUACUUUAUCUAAUCGUUUAAGAGAAGAGAGUGUUCGACUUGCAACAGCGACUGCGAUUGCGACUGCUCGUCAGUCAGUUUAUGAUCGACCAGGAAGUAUUUUAAUUAGUAAAACAAAUGAUAAUGAAGAAACUACUAUAAAGGUAGAAUAUAAUGAAUGUGCCCCUUGGAUUAUUGAAAUUCGUAAUUCCUAUUGUGAUUUGAAAGAAGCAGUUAAUGAAGUGACCAAGAUUAUACAUAACAAUCCAUGGAUUAAUAAAGACCAGUCUACCUUUGAAGAUAGUGAAGAAACAAUGAGAAUGUUUAUGAAUCGACUUUUAGUUUCAUUAACUAAAGCUUUGGAUACCGAUGAAAAACUUUGGAUUUCAGUAAUCACUUCUUCGAUUAAUCAGACUUGUGAGAUACUUCGAAGUAGGACGUUAUCAGUUCCUAAUCUAGGAGUGCAGUUACCCACAGAGAAUAUUUUGUGCCAAAUUAUACAACAUUUGACAGAACGAGUAUCAGCUUUUAUGCGUCGUGAAGAUGAGUUUCGUAAAUGUCUUAUUGAUGUUCUUCAUGUAGAAGAAGCUUCAUUUAAAUCUGAAUUGAAAACCCAUGUUAAUCGUUCUGAUGCUUUAGUAGGAGAAAUGAAUCGUUUGACUAAAGUUGUAAGUUCAUUAUCGGAAGAAUUAAAUCAUGCAAAUAAUCGAACUAAUGAAAUGCAAGGUCAAUUGUGUGAUUUACAAGUUGAUCUUGUUCAUACACAGCAUGAAUUACAAUCGAAGGAAGAUGAAGUUCAGCGUCAACGAACUAAUGUUGAACAGUUAAGAUUACAAUUAUGUAAAGAAAAUACACAAACAGAGAAAUUUCGUACUGAACUUGAAACAUUGCAGUCAGCUAAGAUUCAAGCUGAAAAUGAAUUGUCAUCAUCAAAUAAUUUAAUUCAAGAAUUAAAAAUAUCACUAGCAAAUGAAAAGAAUCGAGCUCAGUCGUUAAAAAUUGAAUUGGAUCAAUUAUAUGAUCAAAUUAGGAAGAACACUUAUCAAACUACACUAAUACCAAAUAAUAUUAAUAAUAAUUAUGUUAUUGGUGAAAAUAUAACUACAGCUAAUGAAAAUAAAGCACCUAAUGAUUGUUCAUCAAAUCUUAAUCAACGUGUCUAUGAAGCAAUAAAUCUUGCUACAAUUCAUUUAGCAUCUACUCGUCGUGAUACAAUUAAAUUACAAAAUCAAGUCAAAGAAUUACAGGCCACUGCUCAUGGUUUACGCUUAAAUCUCGCCGAAGCAGAACUUCGUCUUAUGCCUACUUUGACAUCUGUACUGCCAGGUACUUUUAAUCUUUCAGGUAUUAAUAAUACAUCACAAUGUUCCAUGAUAAAACAAUCAGCUGCAAAGAAAAAACCGCCUGUUUGUGGCGAUCAAUCAGAAUUGACAAGUGCCAAGUUUACUAAACUAAAGAAUGUUUGCGUAGAUUUACUAUCACGCGUUGCAGUGGAUGAACGUAAUGAUGAUCUACAAAAGGGUGAUGAUAAUGAUGAUCACAAUUCGGAUUCACAUUCAUCAGAUGAUGAUAGUAUUGAAGAGAAUAUUUUCAUUGGAUCUGGAAUCAUAAAUCCUUUAAAUCGUGAUGGUGGUUAUCGUUUAGAUGCUGAACGCGACGAAUCCUCAUUGAAUAAUGGUAAUAAUAACUGUGGCAUACUCAAUAAAGGAUCUUACAGAUCUAAUAAGGCAACCAACAGACGAUCUACUGAUACUCUAAAUAAUUCACUCCAGUCUACAUCUGACAAUCACGUGAAAACUAUAAAUAUGGCAAAUUCGAAUAAGAUAAAUAACCCUACCCAAACUUUACCCAUUAUGACAACAAAUGUAAUACCGUCUUCACCAAGUGUUCAUAAUAAUCAAACUGUGUCAAUGGAACAAUAUUUCUCGCUAUACGUCCGUUUUCUUCGUGCUCAAAGCUAUCGUCGUUCACUAUCAUUCCAAAAACAUUAUUUACUUCUUCUUUUGGGUAAUUUCCAAUAUACAGAAAAUGUAGUAGUUGCAAUUCUUGGAUGUCCUGAAUCUCGAGUCACCUCACAAACAGAUUCUAAAGAUAGAUCUUCACAAUUGAAAUUAAGCCCACUCCGAAGAUUUCGUACCAUAGGUCGUGUUUUCCAAGUUAUUCAUAGAAUGAAACUUUUAGUGAAUAAAUGGCGACGUUUAGAUAUACCUUCUAUGGAAUCAACUCCUAUUAAUAAUAAAAUUUUAUAUAUGCAUACAACAACUCCAACUUCAUAUUAUGCACCACCAUUCCAAAAUAGGUCAUUUAGUUCCACUUUAGAUCGUAACAACCGAAAUAAUCGAAUUCCUAACGGGUCUUUACGAACACCUUUGAAAGAACUACAUGCAGAAGAAUCCAACAAUACAUAUUCAUCUGUAAUACAAAAUUCUUCUCUUUUCAAUGGAAAACAAUAUUUAUCUAAUUAUCCGGUUCAUACUCCUAGAUUGUCACAAAUUCAAACUUCACCCAGUGGUUACAGUUCAUUGUUGGAAAAUCAAACAAUCUCUACCGGUUCUACACAUCGGCGAUUGAUCUCAUCUACCACGUUAAACACCGAGACACACAACCAACCGGUUUAAUGCACAAAAUAUUCGACCAAGAGUACUGUCAAAUUACAAAAUUACAAGCGUAUAAUCACAAAAUAAACCAAUUUUCGGUUCUUUGCUACUUAUAUAACUAUAUAUGUUAUAUUCUUUAUUCACAAAUACUUUAUUUCUUGUGGCGUUUAUAUAUAGAAUACUUUCACCCUAACUACAUUGAAAUUAUCCACUAUAUACUUUAUAUCUAGUUCAGCACAGUUUUUAUAUUUUAAAUGUUUCAGGCAACCAUAUUCAUCAUUUAAUCUAUUAACAACAACAACGCCGACAACAAUUCCAGUUACUCGACAACUCCCUAUUACCUGUAUUCCAAUUAAUAAAUCAAAUUUUUCUUAUGAUCGUCCAUUUACUAGAAAUUAUCAUCAACAAUCUUCUUCAUCUUCAUCUAGUCUAUCUAUUGAGAAUCGACAUCGUGUUUCUUCAGUUUCCUCUUCCAUUUUUUGUCGAGUCGAUUCCAUUCACACACAGACAGUACGAACUUCAAGUCAUAAUCAUCAUAGCAGAAAUCAAAUUAUCAGUACAAAUAAACGUCCUAGUUUUAGCUAAUUGAUUAAUUAUUCUUAUUAUUUUUUUGAAUGGAAUCCGUUGACAUAGAAUCACUGUGUAUAUCCGAAUAUAUUUAUAGGCAAGUUGUAUAAUAUAGUGGAUUUUAUUUUCAUUUUUAUGAUUUUUGAAAUUCCUCUAAUCUCUUUUUGUUGUUUUACAAUCUUCAUCCAUCUGCUCAUUCGGUUGUUCAUUUAUUUGUUUUGAGAAGUAAAUCUUAUUCUGUUCUCAGAUUGUUUUUUUUCUAAGAUAAAAAUAUUACAUAUUAUGUACGUAUUAAUACUACUAUUAUUAUCAUUAUGUGUAUGAGUGAUGAUGAUGAUGAUACAACUAACGCGACGCAUUUAGUGUGUUCUUUUUUUAAGCAUUGAAUAAACAUCUAUCUAUCUAUUUUUAUGUGUACCAAUUGACGAUAUAAUUCUAUUUUGUUCAUUAAGUAAACUAUGUUUAUGAACAAAGAUAUAGAACAUUAAUGUUAAACCAAUUAUCGGAAUAUCCCAUUAUUACGAAUUUAUAUGUUAUUGUUAUUAUUAUUAAUAUUCAAUAAUUGAUACCGUUGUCAAUCUAACCAUCCUUUUUUAUAAAUUUUCAUUAUCAAACUUAAUACAUGAGAUUUUUAAGUGCUCUAUGUUAUUAUUCUGUUUUUCUUUAAUUUCCAGAUGUGUACAGUACAGUUUUUGUGUAAACUAGUUCUUUGGUUAGUUAAUUCUCCCUUUGUGUACAAAAUUUACUAUCCUUCAAUUGUAUAAGAAAUAUAUAACGAAAUCUGAGCA